AUGUCUUUCCGUGGUCGUGGUAGUGCUUCCGGUGCCAACCGUGGAGGUUUCGGCAGCCGUGGUGGUCGCGGAGGUUUCCAGCCGUCGUUCGGCCCCCCAGCUCAGGUCCUGGAGAUGGGAUCCGUGAUGCACUCUUGUGAGGGUGAGAUGGUCUGCGAGUCGAUCAACCCCAAGAUCCCCUACUUCAACGCCCCGAUCUACCUCGAGAACAAGACUCCCAUCGGAAAGGUCGACGAGGUCCUCGGCCCUAUCAACCAGGUCUACUUCACCGUCAAGCCUCAGGAGGGUAUCGUCGCAACUUCGUUCAAGCCUGGUGACAAGGUCUACAUCGGAGGCGAUAAGCUCCUUCCUCUUGAGAAGUUCCUUCCCAAGCCCAAGGCUCCCCCUGGACCUAAGGUCAAGCGCGCCGGUGGUGCCCGCGGUGGUGCCCGUGGUGGCUUCGGUGGUGGCCGUGGUGGUUUCUCCCGUGGUGGUGGCCGUGGUGCUCCCCGCGGUGGCCGUGGUGGCUUCUCUCGCGGCGGCGGUGGUGGCUUCUCUCGUGGCGGCGGUGGUGGCUUCGGUGGCCGUGGUGGCAGCGGCGGCUUCUCUCGUGGCCGUGGUGCUCCCCGUGGAGGUGGCUUCCGUGGUCGCGGUUAG